CCCAACGUCAUAUAUAUUGAGGUGGUAACAGAACGUGUGGCAACUGUUACGGCACCCCAGGUAUAUAAACUGCAGAAAUCGGCCGCGCCGUUCAGUCAGUGCUUAUCUGCGGUCACCUACAUACUCUCACCAUGAGAUUACUUCUGCUCUCACUGGUGCUGUGCAGCUUUGGAGUACUGGUGGCAAAUACACUCGACAUUCGCCCCAUCUCCAUAGAAGAUGUCCUGAGGGCAAAUCCUGGCCUGAAGGCUGAACUAAGGAAAAAAAUCGAGGAGAGCAAAAAUGAACCCACAAGUGUCCCCGCCACUGCCUCAGCCCCUGCAACCACCACUGCAGCAACCACCACAACAACACCAUCUCCUCAGGCUGAUUCUCCUCCCUCCACAACCCCCGAAUCAACGACUACAGCCACAAGGCAAACUGGCCGUCGACGCCGGCCUGGAGCAGGUGCUCGGCGCAGGCUGAGAGUUUCUAACAACGAAGCCGAAGAAGCACCCGUUCAGAAUGGCCGAACAUUCCCACAAUAGACACAAAACAAUUGCUGGCUAGACUGCCAGGGAAUGUGGUGAAUGGAGAUUCCAAAUACAAAGAACAGUACAUUCAAAAUGUAGCUGAUAAGAGUAAUGCCAAGAAGAUACAAAAAAGUUAAACCAAUUUCUUUUGGACUGCACUUAAACAAUUUAGACAUGUUUGAAAUUUUAUAACAUAUGAGUACCUGUCAUUCGCCUCAUAUCAUUUUCAAAUCUUAAUUAAAGAUCCUACUAAUUCACCAACUUAAUUCUGAAGUGCCUGAAAAUAUCCAGACUGAGAUCAGUGAAAUUACUUUAAAAGUAAAGUAAAGACUUUCCCUAUUACAUGUACACUUUCACAUCUAGUAGCUUUGAAUUUUCUUGGAAAAUGCUUCUUCCAAAAGUAUUUUGUCUUUUUCUUAAGGUUUUGAAGUAUUUUAUCUAAACCAAACAACAAUCAUGGCAUUUAUUUUCAAUGAAACUCUUCUACAAACAUUUGUGACCUGAAUGUUAAAACAUUGAGCAAACUGAAUGAUGUUCCCAGGAUCUAGAUCCAGCACUUUAACAUUUGCCACUUUGUAACCUGCAUGGUUUGUUUCUUAAUAUAUUAUGUUAAAUAUU